ACCGCUAGCUCGGCUGCUGUCUCUCAUACUCGUUCGCUCGAUUCGACCGCGACGUCCAUCUUUCCGAGUCCCGCAAAAAGAAGGAACAGUUUCCACUCACUCUUGAGGGAGUUGUAAAGUUCGAACCACAGCCGUCGAAGAAACCAGGAAGGAACCAACGAAGAUGUCGAUGAUUUCUGCCCGUUUGGCCGCUCAGGUGGCCCGCCAGCUGCCGAGAACCGCUAGCCAGGUCGCCAAGAUCGCUGUGCCAGCCGUGACGGUCGCUGCCCGCAAUCUCCAUGUUUCCGCUGCUAACCGCGGUGCGGAGAUCUCUUCCAUCCUGGAAGAAAGAAUCCUCGGCUCGGCCCCGAAGGCUGAUUUGGAGGAAACUGGACGCGUGUUGAGCAUCGGUGACGGUAUCGCCCGUGUGUACGGUCUGAAGAACAUCCAGGCCGAUGAGAUGGUGGAGUUCUCCUCCGGUCUCAAGGGUAUGGCCCUUAACUUGGAACCCGAUAACGUCGGUGUUGUCGUGUUCGGUAACGACAAGCUGAUCAAGGAAGGUGACAUCGUCAAGCGUACCGGUGCCAUCGUCGACGUUCCGGUCGGUGAUGAGCUGCUCGGUCGCGUCGUUGAUGCCCUGGGUAAUGCCAUCGACGGCAAGGGCGAAAUCAAGACCAACCAGCGCUUCCGUGUCGGUAUCAAGGCCCCCGGCAUCAUUCCCCGUGUGUCUGUGCGCGAACCCAUGCAGACCGGUAUCAAGGCCGUCGACUCGUUGGUCCCGAUUGGUCGUGGACAGCGUGAGCUGAUCAUCGGUGACAGACAGACCGGAAAAACCGCUCUGGCCAUCGAUACCAUCAUCAACCAGCAGCGCUUCAACAACGGCACGGAUGAGUCCAAGAAGCUGUACUGUAUCUACGUUGCCAUCGGUCAGAAGCGUUCGACCGUGGCCCAGAUCGUGAAGCGUCUGACCGAUGCCGGUGCCAUGAACUACACCAUCAUCGUCUCGGCUACCGCUUCGGAUGCCGCUCCCCUGCAGUACUUGGCCCCGUACUCCGGUUGCGCCAUGGGAGAAUACUUCCGUGACAACGGCAAGCACGCCCUGAUCAUCUACGACGAUUUGUCCAAACAGGCCGUCGCCUACCGUCAGAUGUCUCUGCUGCUGCGUCGUCCACCAGGUCGUGAGGCCUACCCUGGUGAUGUGUUCUAUCUCCACUCCCGUCUGCUGGAGCGUGCUGCCAAGAUGAACCCAACUCUGGGAGGUGGUUCCCUGACUGCCCUGCCAGUCAUUGAGACCCAGGCUGGUGAUGUGUCCGCUUACAUUCCAACCAAUGUCAUUUCGAUCACUGACGGACAGAUCUUCUUGGAAACUGAAUUGUUCUACAAGGGUAUCCGACCAGCCAUUAACGUCGGUUUGUCUGUAUCCCGUGUCGGAUCUGCUGCCCAGACCAAGGCCAUGAAGCAAGUGGCUGGUUCCAUGAAGCUGGAAUUGGCUCAGUACCGUGAGGUCGCUGCUUUCGCCCAGUUCGGUUCUGAUCUGGAUGCUGCCACCCAGCAGCUGUUGAACCGUGGUGUCCGUCUGACUGAACUGUUGAAGCAGGGUCAGUACGUGCCAAUGGCCAUCGAAGAACAGGUUGCCGUCAUCUACUGCGGUGUCCGAGGUUACCUUGACAAGAUGGACCCCAGCAAGAUCACUGCCUUCGAACGCGAGUUCUUGGCCCAUGUCAAGACCAACGAGAAGGCUCUGCUGAGCCAAAUCGCUACCGAUGGCAAGAUCUCGGACGAAACGGAAGCUAAGCUGAAGAACGUUGUCACCAGCUUCAUGUCCACCUUCAGCGGUUAAGAAUUUACUUCUUGUGUUAGCUUUUAAAUCGAGAGCUGGGUUUAAGAAAAGCCGGGACUCAGCCGUACAUUCUUCCGGUCACUAGCUUUAUUUUAGUGAUCCGGCGAUCUGUCAUCAUCAAAACUAGUGGGUACACCAUCUUACGAGCGAGCAGAAAGUUGAACAUCAAAGGGAAAAUGGAGAAUUGCGAUACCAACGCCGAAAGUAAAUAACAACAGAACCUGUGUUAGUAAAGUAACAAAAACGAAACAAAAAAAUUGCAAAAAAAUCGCAGCGACAUUAUUGUAGCUCUUCAAAUUGUAUUAAACAACAAAUUACGGAGAUAAUAUCUUAUAAUCGAAAUACAGUUUCCAACAACUAAUUUUA